CCGAGCUCAAAAUCUCAGGGCCAGCAGCAGCAGUAGUGGGAUGCACACAGCAAACCGCAAACUUGCUUCAUAAAUAUUUAGUGCUUCGUUUACCGCAAUGAAAGGAGAAAUGCAUGCUCCCAAUCGCCGUCCCAUUCUUCACAGGGAUGAGGAAAUGGGGAAAACAGAAAUAAAAGUUUCGAUUGGCAACCGUUAGCCUCCCACGUGAAGACAGCACUGCGCGCUUUCCCUCGGUGCUGAAAACGGAAGGAACCGCGGUGGGCAAGAGUGGAAGUCGUUCCAGUACCUCAGCAGCGAGGACAUUGUCAAAGCAACUGGGGCAGGAAAUCGAAUAGAAAGUAUCCAACACCGGACGCGCCGCUGACUGGAAAACACGGGCUGAGUGUGGUUCAGGAAGCUUGAGGGCAGGAGUCGUUCUCUCACCAGGCCUUUGGAGAACUCUGGCCUACAACGUCCUGCUGCUGCCAGGCCCGGUCAGGACUGGGUUCCUUAAGGAGAAUCGAGGGCCCCACGCAGAACACAGAUCUGUUGAACAGCACCAGCACCAGCUGUGCGAGGACAAAUCUGAUCUCGCCAAAAUAUCCAACCUGACGCGCUGUAUGUCGGCUGUUUGAGAUUGUUCAGUUUAGUCCCUUCUCUAUAUUCUAAGGUUCUAGAUUUUCUAGAUCUCCCUUCACCACCAUGUCAAAGGAAGACUUGACCUGCAAGGUUAGCUCAGUGUAUAAGCACAAGGAACGCAAGCCCAAAAAGCCGCACUACAUCCCACGACCGUGGGGCAAACCCUAUAACUAUAAAUGCUUCCAGUGUCCCUUCACAUGCAUGGAAAAGUCCCACCUGUACAACCACAUGAAGUACAGCCUGUGCAAGAACUCCCUCUCCCUGCUCAUUGAGUCUGAAUGGCCCUACAAAAAGGGCAAUCUCCUACACCCUGAACUUCGACCUCUACAGCCGGGGGCACGCCUCCGAGGGUCAGGUCGCGAGGAGGUGGAGUCCAGCCCAGUUCCUGUGGACCAAUCAAAAGCCGCGCAGUCAGAGGUCCCCUUUGGGGGGGAGGAGCCAGAGGAAGGUGAGGAUCCAAUCGACAGGGAGAGAGGGCAAGGGGAGGGACUAAAGGAAACCCUGCCCACCAAAGAGGCCAGAGACCAAACUGACAACGGCCCCCGAAACACUACGAAGAGGCCCAAACAAACAGAGGCCGAUUUUGUUAUCACAGAUGUCUUCUCCCUUGAAGACCAGCUUCUCAAUGCCCGGGCGGUAGAGGUAGAGGCUAAGCUGAAGCACUAUAAACUUUCUAAGACCUGCCUGACUGGUCCCAGCCUCCUCUCGGAGCAGUGGCGUCUGCUGGCAACCAGCCACAGGAAGGCAAACGCAGAAGGUUCACUCGCGGAUGGCGGCUCCAUGUCCUGCUACCCACCCGUGCAACCCUUUGCAGAAUGCCAGGAAGCCCCUGCGCUGAAUCUCUCAGUCCUGGGUGUCAGUUACCCCCUAAGCCCAGGCCUGUUUUCGUACCUCAACCCCGCAGUGCCUGGAGCAACCCCGGCCCACGCCCAGCUUGCCCAGCUCCCUUUCCUCGCAUCCGCUGCACAGCUCAUGCACCCUCCUUCCGGGUCCGUGCCCCCCUCGGAAAGGUCCGUCCUGCCACCUCGCUUCUACUACCCUCUGCUCUGCGAACAUGCGUUCGCAGCCACGCAAGACUCCAGCAAGGGCGUCAAGCCCGGGCGACAGUCCCCAGCUGGGCUGGAGCCGAAGGCGCAAGCGAGCUAUGCGCCCAAGAUUGGCCUGUGGAAGGUCCCCGCCUUGCGCCCCAGUACCAACGGGGCUCCCCCAGCUCUGUGGGCCUCCCACCAGCAGGUUGCGGGGUCAGCUGAGCCUGGCUACGGGGCAGCAGAAGAGAAGUCCCACCUAGCUGCAGGUAAGGACAACAAGAUGGGGUUUUGGAGCCCCAAGGAUGUCCCCUCGCUAAGAGAACAGAACGCCAAGAGGACCGGGGUGCCCCUGGAGAAUCAGGAAGGCCCCCAGGAGAAGAAGCCUUUUCUGGGAAGCACACGAGACCUUCUCAAGAACACGCACGGUGCCCCAUCACUCACUGCAGGAACCGAAAAACUCCUCUUUCAUGGCAGCACCUUUCGCACCUCUCUUCUGCCAACCAGGCCUGCAGGGGAAUGGCACUCAGACAGCAGAAAGUGUCCAGCAGAGGGACAAGAGUCCAGAGGCCUCCUGCUAGAGCCUUCAUCCCCUCUGAAGCCUGGGAAAGCGAAGGACAGAUAUUCAGGGAGGCGGGAGGAGUCGGAUGCGGCAGCCGGGCUAUUAGGUGACCUCUCCAAGGCCCUGCAGGAGUACCAGGAAGCUGAUCGCAAGAUCUCUCACCUGGCGAAGGAGGACAGCCCCGGCCAGCGCUACCUGAGGGACCACCUCUGUAAAAUUCGCAGUGAGCUGUCGCACAUCCACCAGGCACUGGAGAAGACCACCAGGCAGCAUGAAGGACCCCUGGACCUCUCGGUCAAGAAGGCUCUAGACUGCAAAGUGGUUGGCAGCGGGGGAGAAGGUCAGUGUUCAGAAGGCAAAGGAAGCAUCCUGGGGGAGACGGAAGAGGAGGGGGAGGAGGAGGAGGAGGAGGAGGAGGAGGGAGUCCCACUGGGCAGAAAACUCCUGUCCCAGGAAAGCUGCUGCCAGGCUGAAGAUGUCAUGAUCAAGAUCAGCCACUCUGAGCUGGGUGACACGCAUCCGGGCGCUGUGGUCAAGACGGAGGUGGUGUCACCCAGUAGUCUGGGCAUCCGGCCGCCCCCCGUCGAGGCCCUGUGGCCCAGCAGGACGACCAAAUGCGAGGCAGACUCCAGCGUGCUCCUGUGUCCGGAUGGUCGCUCGGCUCCCUUGGUCUUCGCCGACUUUACCUCUAGUGCCAAGACACUGAAGAGGCCCUCGUCCAAAGAUCACCCCGGGGAGAUGCUGCCACCUCCCAGCCCCCUCACACCCGGCGACCCCUAACAGCUGGUUUUCCUGCAGACUGGUUGACAUCGGCCACCCAUCUCGCCGCUUGGAGGGAUCCAGCUCAGAAGAACAGCUAAACGUAGGAGGUGGCAAGGAAGAAUCGUGGUUACAGCAGCCCAUUCACUGCAACUGUAGUCCAUGUUCUGGUCGUAGUUGUUGGACUUUGUCAUGACUAUUUGAUGUGCUGCUGUCCGUGGUUUCUGUGAUCAAGAGUAUUGAUCUACAUACAGAACUUCAGAGACUCUCUCAAGACAUGUCAGAGGUUCAUGUGAUGAACAUUGCUCCACGAAGACCAUGCAAGACUUCUUAGCAAGGACAUACUAGCUGAGUAGUUGGUGUACUGUAUCUGGGGUACUUAGAAACUCCAUAGGCUGCUGUUAUUGAUUUGAGAGUUCUGUAUCUUUGUCAUGGGGGAAAAAUAGCCAAAACCGAUCAUGCCUGUUGAUAUUGAAGAUGCCAGAAGACAACCUGCACACACGGACAUAACAAAGCAUUUCCUGGUCAAAUUCCCUCCAUUACCACCUUUUCAUGCUGAGCACUCAUUCAGUACCUGCAGUAUGAAAUGGAAAAGGGUUUUCCGUCUCGCACUAUAGUGUUGCUGUGUGUAAUUCUGAUGUAAUAAAAGACUAAAUCAAAGUCGGGCCACUCAAACAUUCAAUAGCCAUAUUACCAUACCUGUUAGGUCCUAGACAAUGGAAAAUACCCUGAUGCAAGAUUCCAGCUGAAAAACACGUGAUUUCUUUCCAGGACGUCUAGGAUGAGUAGGCAAUGACCACGAUUCUUUUACCUUCGUUAAAAAGCUUAACUUGUAUAUACAUUCACACAGUGUUUGAUCUGUAUAAAGUAAAUCUAUGAGAGGGUCACCCUUGGAACUCCUGACCUGGAUGUAUGACCCAGGAGCGUGCAGACAAUCUUUCAGAGACAAGCUUUUGUACUUCCUUGAAAUUAAACAGAAUUGAA